CUAGGUACGGAGUAUGUGUAUCUAAAUGGUCUCGGCAUGGUCACAGCACGGUCACGGCACGGUCACGGGAUUUACACCGUAAAAGGCCGGCUGGAACUCGGCUACUUUUCCGCCACGCCCGGCGCAUUUUAUUCCCUUUUUGGUCACUCACUGUAUUACUUACUCAAGCAGCCAGUUCAUGCCACUGCAUUCAUUCGUCCAUUCAGUAAGCAAAGCAAACAUCAAAAAUCCCAAGCUCCACAGUCAGAAGUACAAAUAGUCAUCGAAGGGGUAAAUCCGAGUAGUCAGCGAAAAGAAGAAAACAUAACAACAGUCACUCCCCCUAGUGACCUACCCCACACGCACUCCACUCCACCCUCGGAACAACAACAGAUCUAUCAUGCCAUUGCCUUCCUCAUCAUCUUCGGUCUGACUUCUUUUUUUCUGUAAAGUCCUUUCAACCGUCCAAUUCUUUUUUUUUGUCUCGCGUAAUCUUGCCCGAUUCCCCCUUCUCUGCUCAUUAUCUCCAGGGAAUAACAACCCGGUGCAAAUAUUUUCAUACACCACCAAAUGCAUCCUGUUAAUACAAUACAUAGUUCGGACAGUAAAAUCCGCAACUGGGGCGAAAAGAAACAUAGAAAAACAAACAACAAAGUGAACCACCAUCCAGUGUAAAAGUUCCCAAUAAGUGUGUAAAGCUUCAAACAACAUCAGAGGUGAAUAAGAAAAGAAAGGAAGGAAG